AUGGGAAUUGCUUCGAGAACAUUGAAGAUUUUGAGUUAUAAUGUUUCGUUCCGAGAAGACUUGGAAAUGGAUAAGAGGAUGGAAGCUAUUGGUGACCUUAUUCAGCUGCAUUCCCCUGAUUUGAUAUGCUUCCAGGAGGUUACUUCCAGAAGCUAUUGCAUUUUUCAACAAUCCCGCUGGUGGAAAUUGUAUCGUUGCUCAGUUACAGAAAAGCCGACAUAUAGACAAUACUUCUGCUUGCAGUUAAGUAAACUGGCAGUAAAAUCGUACAUACGUAAACCAUUCAAUAAUUCCAUAAUGGGAAGAGUACUUUGUGUUGCUGAGGUUGAAGUUCAGGCAGACAUGCCAUUGGUUGUUGCCAGUAGCCAUCUUGAAAGUCCUUGUCCCAAAUGGGAUAAGAUGUUCAGCAAGGAACGUGUUGAUCAGGCAAAGGAAGCACUGAAUUUUCUUAAGAAAGAUGUAAACGUGAUUUUUUGUGGUGACAUGAACUGGGAUGAGGAGUUGGAUGGUCAAUUUCCUUUGCCCGAAGGAUGGGUUGAUGCCUGGGUGCAGUAUAGGCCUGGAGAGAAUGGAUGGACAUUUGAUACUAAAUCCAACCAGAUGCUUUCUGGUAAUUGGCCUCUGCAAAAGCGACUGGAUCGAUUUGUAUGCAAUUUGCGUGAUUUCAAGAUAAGAAGAAUAGACAUGGUUGGCAUGGAGGCAAUACCAGGUCUAUCAUAUUGCAAGAAGAAAUUAAUUGACAUGGAGGCAUUACCAGGUCUAUCAUAUUGCAAGAAGAAAGGGAAAAACAAGAAAUUGAUGGUCCCUGUGUUGCCUAGUGAUCAUUAUGGGUUGCUGUUAACAAUCUGUAUCAAGUAAUGUCAGUUAAGUGAUCGUAUCCAAGCAGGAUGCACAGUGUUGAUUGCCUUUUGUGCUCUUUUUAGGGUUUAGGAUUUAAGGUUUAUGCAGUUUUUUUGUAGAUAAAGAUAGAAUGAUGUAAAGGGCUUAUAACCUUUUGUGGAACAUUGUUUUCCAUAUUUUGUAAGAAACU